AGUUGCUAAUGUAACUUAAAAAUGAUUGGUUGAGACUCCUGUAACCUUUCUGGAAUAUUCUGAAUUACGUCACUUCCUUUCCCGAUAAAACUGUGGUACAGCGUCACGCGUGUUCCAAGAAUAAGAGACACAGGGCGUACAAGAACAAGGAAGAACAAAGCCCAACGAAACAUUAAGCAACAUGGCAAAAACAGGACCAGCAAUUGGAAUAGAUCUUGGAACUACAUACUCCUGUGUUGGAGUAUUCCAGCAUGGCAAAGUUGAAAUCAUUGCCAAUGAUCAAGGAAACAGAACAACCCCAAGCUACGUUGCAUUCACAGACACCGAAAGAUUAAUAGGUGAUGCUGCCAAGAACCAAGUGGCAAUGAACCCAGUCAACACAGUUUUUGAUGCCAAGAGAUUAAUUGGUAGAAAGUUUACUGACGCUACAGUACAAUCAGACAUGAAGCAUUGGCCUUUCACUGUUGUGGAUGAUGCCACCAAACCUAAAAUCACAGUAGACUACAAAGGAGAAUCAAAAACAUUUUUCCCAGAGGAAAUUUCAUCAAUGGUGCUUGUAAAAAUGAAAGAAACUGCAGAAGCAUAUCUUGGAAAGUUAGUCAACAACAGUGUCAUUACAGUCCCAGCUUAUUUUAAUGAUUCACAAAGACAAGCAACAAAGGAUGCUGGUACCAUCUCUGGAAUGAAUGUUCUACGUAUUAUCAAUGAACCAACUGCAGCUGCUAUUGCUUAUGGUUUGGACAAGAAAGUUGGUGGAGAAAGAAAUGUACUCAUCUUUGACUUGGGUGGUGGAACUUUUGAUGUGUCAAUCCUUACAAUUGAGGAUGGUAUUUUUGAAGUAAAAUCAACCUCUGGUGAUACUCAUUUGGGUGGUGAAGACUUUGAUAACAGAAUGGUCAAUCAUUUCAUUCAAGAAUUCAAACGCAAGCACAAAAAAGACAUUAGUGAAAACAAGCGUGCUGUCCGACGUCUGAGAACUGCUUGUGAAAGGGCAAAGAGAACCCUUUCAUCAAGCACACAAGCAAGUGUUGAGAUUGACUCUCUGUUUGAAGGAGUUGACUUUUACACAAGCAUCACAAGAGCCAGGUUUGAAGAAUUGAAUGCAGAUCUUUUCAGAGGAACCAUGGAGCCAGUAGAAAAAGCUCUACGAGAUGCCAAAUUAGAUAAGGGUGCAGUCCAUGACAUUGUCUUGGUAGGAGGAUCAACAAGAAUUCCAAAAAUCCAGAAGUUACUUCAGGACUUUUUCAAUGGCAAAGAAUUGAACAAAUCAAUCAACCCUGAUGAAGCUGUAGCAUAUGGUGCAGCUGUACAGGCAGCCAUCUUAUCAGGUGACAAGUCUGAAGAAGUACAAGACUUGUUGUUGUUAGAUGUAACCCCAUUGUCUCUUGGUAUUGAAACAGCUGGAGGUGUGAUGACAGCUUUAAUCAAACGUAAUACAACCAUUCCAACAAAACAGACACAAACCUUUACUACCUACUCUGACAAUCAGCCUGGUGUAUUGAUUCAGGUUUAUGAAGGAGAGAGAGCUAUGACCAAGGACAACAACUUACUUGGAAAGUUUGAAUUGACUGGAAUUCCUCCAGCACCAAGAGGAGUGCCCCAGAUUGAAGUAACCUUUGACAUUGAUGCCAAUGGUAUUCUCAAUGUAUCUGCAGUAGAUAAGAGUACUGGAAAAGAGAACAAAAUCACCAUCACAAAUGACAAAGGUCGUUUGAGCAAAGAAGAAAUUGAACGCAUGGUCAACGAUGCUGAGAAAUACAAGGCAGAAGAUGAGAAACAGAAAGAUCGUAUCGCCGCCAAAAAUAGUCUCGAAAGCUACUCAUUUAACAUGAAACAAACUGUGGAAGAUGAAAAGCUCAAGGAUAAAAUCAGUGAAAGUGACAAGAAGGAAAUCAUGGACAAAUGUGAUGAAAUCAUUAAAUGGUUGGACGCCAACAAUCUGGCCGAGAAGGAAGAGUUUGAACACAAACAGAAAGAACUUGAAGGAGUUUGUAAUCCAAUCGUCACCAAACUGUACCAGGCUGCUGGUGGAGCCCCAGGUGGUGGUAUGCCAAACUUUGGUGGAGCUGGUGGCGCCCCAGGAGGUGCACCUGGAGCAGGAGGCACUGGUGGAAGUGGUGGACCAACCAUUGAAGAGGUCGACUAAAGAACAAACUAAGAAACAUUCAAACACUGGUGUAUUGGACUAAAUAAACAAAUCAUCGGAAUUUUUUUACGAACAAAAUGAAAACAAAUGUUGUCCAUUGUUCAUAAGCUUUAAUUUGUUCAUUUUUGGCCAUGUUAUUUAAUAGACAUUCAUCCCUUAAGUUACAACUUACAUAUAAGACAUAAAAUAGAGAGCAGACUAACAAAUUGUUUAUGUCAACACUUUUUGUUGUCUUACUGUUACACUUUUGAUACGUCAGUGCUUGAUUAAAGAAAUCAUGAACAUUUA